GCUGUAAAACAAUCGAUAGCACAAAUUGCAAGAGAGACAGCGCAGUUAUAACACGAUAGCGUGCGAGCAGUUAAGAAACACAAAUAAUUGGUUGGCGCGAGCGAGAGAUCCGUACGUUCGUUAGGGAUGGAACUCAACUUAAUCGAUGUUUCCUAGCGAGUGGAAUAUUUUGAAAUGCAGCCAUCAUCCAGCCAUCCGCUCAUCCACCAUUAGUUAUUAUUUUUACUCAGUAUCGAUACCGUAAAGCGACAUGCAUACGUCCUUAAAAAAAUACAUAAAAAAUUGUAAAAUAAAUAAAAGUGUUAUUAAAAAAUAGUGAAAAAUCAGUUAUUUGUUCAUACAGUACAAGCAAUAAGUGCAAGGCAAGUUGUUGCAGUGAAGCCAGCAGCGGAACUGUACACACGCAUAUAUUUGUCUGUAUGUACGUGUGCUUAUGUAUACAAAAGCAUACACACACAUACAUACUUACAUUCAUAUAGCCACUGCGCAUUGAUAAGAAAACCGCUUUUACAAAAGGGGGCCGAGCAUAAAAUUGUUAUUUGUUGCAUUUUGCAGCAUUUUUAAACAGAAGUAUACUGCGUUUGUGGAGAGCAUGAGUGCAUCCAGUGAGGGUGGUGGAGGCGGAACGGUGGGUGGAAGUACAGCUACGACAACGGCCCCAGCUGUAUUAAAAGCCGUUAAAAUACGCACUCAUCCUCAAGCCAACCCAAAGCACUUGUUAACCACAUCCUCCAGCACAACAACAACUGCCAUGGUAUCACACACAUAUCCGCACGUGCAAAUACGUGGCGCUCUAAACCGUUAUUCAUUAGCCCCCCAUUUGCACUCCGCAGCACACUCCACGGUGGCAGCCAAGAUAACGCACGUUAAGGCGGAUGGCGGAAUCUCCAUCAGUGGAACGCCCAUUAUCAGUGGCGGGACCAUCAAAGUCUCUACCACCGGCAAUCCUGUGCAGAGCUCACUUAGCGGUACUCCAAUUUCCCUUAACACCGGGCAGGCCACAACGGCAGCAUCCAUACGUGCCAUUGGUGCCGGCGGCCAGUCCACCCAAGUGCGCGUUGUCAUGCCCAUGAUCAAGCAGCUGGAGAAUGUGACGGCCACCGGACGAACACAGAUCACAGCCAUACCAGCGGCACCAGCACGCAACGUCUCCAAUGCCUCCAUUACGGUAACACGUCCAGUGACGCAAGCCACCUAUUUGCCACGCGCCAGCGUCACAGCCACACAGAUGAGCGGUGUGGCUGUUACAACCGCCCAACGUUUAGUUACACCACUGCGUGCUACAUCUUCUGCCAGCGUAACGCCUGCCACGCCAACUGGUCUCAGCAGCAGUUUUGUGCGCACUUCACAGCCCUCCACGGUUAUCUCAGCGGCCAACAGCGGUGCCGCGGCUGCUUGGAUGCAUAGUCCCAAUGGACAAGUGCAGCUCAUACGCGCCAUACAUCAGCCCAGGCAACGCAUCAUAACCACCUCUGCCGGCGCUAGCAUUGUGACCACAGCUACACCAAUACAGACGCCAUCAGCGCUUUCCGUUACCGCCGCCCAACCGUUGCCACCGCAGUCAGCGGGGCCAGGUUCAGGAGCGCAAGCUUAUGUUGCUACAGUGCUUCCGCCCCGUCAUCAGGCCACACUUGUAUACAGCUCAAACGCACCACACAACAAUCCCAAUGCUGGUCAGCAGUUUAAUCCACGUUUUGCUGUAACCACGCCGUUGGGCAGCACAGUAAACGCCGCAGGCGGCACGGCGACCACUCCAGGCGGCACUACCGUGACGCCUCGGCAGGUGCGUCCCAUAUCGCUGGGCAAAAGCUUUCCGGGCGCUAAGAUCAACUCCACCAGCAUUAGCAUACGAGCGCCGAGCUUACCACAGCUAAGCGCCAGCAUAGCACCACCCACCCCCGUCGUUAGUGUGUCCGGCGGCGUUACAGUAGCAGGGCGUGCUGCAGGUGGUGCAGUAGGAUCUGUUUCCAGCGUGCCGCCUGUGGCGUUAAGUACCACCAAUCUGUCCACCACGAGAAUUAUACAACUGCAGCAGCCAGCCACGGGCGGCACACAGCAGAUCUGUUCUGCAGCACGCCUCUCAGGCAAUGUGAUGUUACAACCUUUUCUCAUGAGCACCAGCGCUGCAGCAAAGAUGGGCAUACGACCUCCUGUGACCAUGACAGCAAAGGUGCAGCCUUCUUUGACAAUCACACAGCUUAAUCCCAUUGGCAAGCUAUCCACCGGUGGAGUGAGUGGUGCACCAAACAUGACGCCGCAAGGCGUGGCCAGCAUACAGGCUGUUCCCAGCACAGUAUCCCAAUCAAGUGUUGUGACUAGUGGCAGCAGCGGCGCAGCGGGCGGCGCAACAGUACUGCCCUUGACUAUAGGUGGUCGUGCCGGCACCGCAAGUAACAUCUUGACGGGAACAUUGACGCCCAUUAAGAAUGCAAGUGGAAUAACUGUUGGAAAAAUGAUGAUGACGCAGUCAGCGGGUGCAGAUUCAACUGGACCCAACAGCAUGUCGCAUGGUGGCACUCCCACCAAUGUGUAUAUACAGCAGCGCAGCGGUACUGGCGGCGUUAGCGUCAGCGCAACACCAACAACCGUGGUCACAUCAACAGCAUCAGGUGCCUCCUUUUUGCCACAUGGCAGCUCAGCCAUUUACUACGAGUCCAUGCCAGCCUCCUCAACGGGGGUGCUGUCACUAACGACCACAACCGUGACACAGAGCACGCAUACACAUGCCCAAUCGCAUGCCCAAGCUCAGCUGGUGAGCACCGCCGGCACCAGUUUGUCCGUCUCCUCGCUACCCUUUGCUAGCCAUGCUCAGAGUGGAGUCAGUAGUGGUUCCACGGCCACAUUUACGGUGCUACCCUCAACAACGGCAGCAGGUGGUCGCACCAUUGGACACCAGCAGCUCAUCAUACCAGCCAGCGGUACUCAUGCGGGUGCUUCCCCAGCUCAACAUAUGGUUAUACCACUGCAUACAUCUGUCAAGGUCACCACAGGUGUGGCACCUACCACGACCGGUGGCGGCGCUACAGUUAGCGCGCUACCCAUGCCCGUGUCAGUGACGGUUCCUGUGCCUGUCACCGCGAACACCUUGGUAUCCAACUUUAUGCGCAAACGUGAUGCCGAAGGUUCACCCAUACGUGGUGUCAAAAAUCUAGCGCCCACGCUGCUCUCUAUGAGCAGCAAUAGCAACUCGUCAGCCUCUACCAGCAGCAGCAAUAUAACAGCUGUGAAUUUAGGCAGCGGCUCCUCCUUUAACUUACAGCCCGUCACAGUGGCAACAGUUACAGCUGCAGCAGUAUCAGUUGCGCCUCCAGUCAGCGUCAGCAGUACUGUGAGCUCAGCGCUGACUGUGGAGGCGUUGGCAAAAAAGGAACGCGAACGCGUAAACUCUGCAGUCGCGGCUGCUCUUGGUGCCUCCUCGACUUCUACAGCAUCAGUAUCCACGACGGCGGGAAGCAUUAUAAGUACACGUAACGUGCGCGCUGAGUCGCCAGCCUCGUCGGAUGGCUCCACCACAGUGUCGGCAAACUCUUCGCCAGGUGUGGAGCAGCAGAUACAGGACAGCAAUAUGAAUCGUUUGUGUGAUGAGGCGGUAGCAGCAGGAACACCUGCAGCGAGAGAGAAUGCCACGCAUUUUAAUCCUAUCAAUGAGUUGUAUUCAACGCAUCAAGGCAAUCUAGGGACAACAGUCACGUUGAGCACACGUGGCAGUGCCUUUGUGGACGUGACUCUGGGGCAAUCAACAACGCCUGCAGUUAGCUUGACUACGAAUCAAUUACAACAAUCGCGCAUGAAUGGCAACAGCAGUGGUAGUACCGCCAGCUAUGAUAGCUCGGCACGCAAGAAACCACGACGCUCCACCAAUGACAGUCAGCAGUCGAAUCUAAGUCAAGCUUCAACAACACUGGCGCUGCCACCGCCCACAAGCAGUCUGGAGGCAAAUACUAGCUACGUGCCACAGCAAUCGCAACCAACGCUGAACAAUGGUGCUUUGCUGCUUACAGCAGCAACUGCUCCCACGACCAACGCUAGCGAAACUAAUAAUCAUCGCUUGGCUGCCAGCGGAGCAGCGCCUGCCAACAAGGAGAAUGCCAAUCCUGUGGACUUUGUCUUGCGACGUCCGCGCAACUGCGCGCUGCUCAAUACCUAUAAGCCCACGCAUAAACUGGCCAACAAUCAUUUUUAUCGUUACACUGACAUUAAGCCGCGUGACGAGCGACGUGCCACAGUCAUUGAUCUGGCUAAUCAGCCCAAUGUCCAGGGUAAGAUCAGCGGCUGGAAGCUUUAUCAUUUGCGGUCACAAAUGGAAGACUUGAGCGAUUCGGAAUCCGUCAAUCUAAGCCAGCUGGAGUCUAUGCUGAAGAAAUUUGAAAAGGACAAGGACAAGACCAGCGAAAUUGAGCGCAUGAGCGAGCUUCUGAAGGGCAACUUACAACGGAGCAAAAUUAUCACCGAUGGUAUCAACGAGGCGCAGAACCAAUUGAUGAAGAUAUUUGAGCAUAAGCCGCACGUCUCUGACAUUAUCAAUCGAUUGCAAUCGAAGCGUAAUUUUAAGAAACGUGAGAAAUUAUAAGUAACAAUCCAACGACAACGAUGCGUCGAGCCUUGAGGUCUCUCUUUUAAGCUACCAUGUAUUGUUAGCUUUUAGAAUUGUAUAUUUGCCUAAGUUUAGCUAUAUGUAUAUGAGACGUUAGUUUAAUCUAUUAGCUUAACUUGUGUAUAUUCAAUUUGUAAGAUAUGACUUUACAAAGCAAACACACAUUCAAAUUACACAUCAACACACCACGAUUAAAAUGUAUGCAAUAUUUUUUCAAACUUCUUAAGCAAAAAGAUAAUAUAUAAUUGUA